GGGCUCCCCGCGCCCCCGGCGCCGCAGUGAACGGCUCUCGCUGUGUUCGCAGGCGGCAAGUACGUGCCCCGCGCCGUGCUGGUGGACCUGGAGCCCGGCACCAUGGACUCGGUGCGCUCCGGGCCCUUCGGGCAGAUAUUCAGGCCAGAUAACUUCGUGUUCGGUCAGAGCGGAGCAGGAAACAACUGGGCAAAGGGCCAUUAUACGGAAGGUGCUGAAUUAGUCGAUUCUGUGUUAGAUGUUGUAAGGAAGGAGGCAGAAAGCUGCGAUUGUCUGCAGGGCUUUCAGCUUACUCACUCCCUGGGUGGUGGCACAGGCUCUGGCAUGGGUACCCUUCUCAUCAGCAAAAUCCGUGAGGAGUACCCAGACCGAAUUAUGAAUACUUUCAGUGUGGUGCCCUCCCCUAAAGUGUCAGAUACGGUGGUAGAGCCCUACAACGCCACGCUCUCAGUGCACCAGCUGGUGGAGAACACGGACGAGACGUACUGUAUCGAUAACGAGGCGCUGUACGACAUCUGCUUCAGAACGCUGAAGUUAACGACCCCCACCUACGGGGACCUGAACCACCUCGUGUCGGCCACCAUGAGCGGUGUCACCACCUGCCUGCGGUUCCCGGGCCAGCUCAACGCUGACCUGCGGAAGCUGGCGGUGAACAUGGUCCCCUUCCCUCGCCUGCACUUUUUCAUGCCUGGUUUUGCCCCGCUCACGAGCCGUGGGAGCCAGCAGUACCGGGCUCUCACCGUGCCAGAGCUCACCCAGCAGAUGUUCGAUGCCAAGAACAUGAUGGCAGCGUGUGACCCGCGUCACGGCCGCUAUCUGACGGUGGCCGCCGUCUUUAGGGGCCGCAUGUCCAUGAAAGAGGUGGACGAGCAGAUGCUCAACGUUCAGAACAAAAAUAGCAGCUAUUUUGUUGAGUGGAUCCCCAAUAACGUUAAGACAGCGGUCUGUGACAUUCCACCUCGCGGCCUCAAAAUGUCUGCCACCUUCAUUGGCAACAGCACGGCCAUCCAGGAGCUGUUCAAACGCAUUUCUGAGCAGUUCACUGCGAUGUUCCGCAGAAAGGCCUUCCUGCACUGGUACACGGGGGAGGGCAUGGACGAGAUGGAGUUCACAGAGGCUGAGAGCAACAUGAACGACCUGGUGUCCGAGUACCAGCAGUACCAGGAUGCCACGGCCGAGGAGGAGGGGGAGUUUGAGGAGGAGGCUGAGGAGGAGGCAGAGUAAAGCUAUGCAGUCGAACACCUGUAAAUUUUGUUUAAAGUUGUAUGAACUCUCUCUCAUUCAAAGGUUCUGUUCGUGUUGUGUUAUUAUUGCUGUUUCCGAGUCACUCCCAAUGCUGUACAGGCACCAUUAAAGCAGUUUUCACAGUGCAAA